AUGGCGGUAGCUCGAGCUUCAUCAGGGCCUAGACUCUUGUCAUGGUCCCUAACCUCUCUCCGAUGCGCCUACUCUACAACGACGACAUCUUCAUCCUCGACAUCUACCCCCUCUCCUCCUCCUCGAACAGGCAAACCGAAUCUAUCAAGUAGAGACCCGUCAAAUAGGGGCACUCGAAAAUCCUCACCAGAGAAUGCAGACCAACCCCGAAGAAAAGGUCUCGAGGGACCGCCGGCGGCCAGGAACCCGCAAUUAGACAACCCGAAGGCGCAGACCAACUUUUAUAUUCCCGCGCAGGCCAAGUUCUUUGUUCAGCCCAAUGGAAGGUUGAGGACGACACCCGACGUGUGGCAGUUCCUCCACGAGACGGGCAUAGAAUACAACAACUCGAAAGCUCUGAGGAUAUGGCUCGGCCCGGAACAUCGACGCAUCACCGACAACUUUAGCUGCAGCGUGCAGUAUUCACCCGAAUACAUACUUCACCCAUAUCACCUACAAUAUCUAACACCGCAUCAACACCCGUUAACACCAGCUAUAAUGGCCCAGUACCGGCAGAAAUUGGUUGAUGAACAGCUUUGGAUAUACACCAUGAAUAGGGGAGGGUUCGUCGGAGUGGUAAAGGGCAUCACGCAGCGGAGACUGACGUGGGCGCUGGCGAGUGCGCUGGAGGAGCUGGGACAUCCGGGCACUGGGAUCCGAGGGACGGUGAUAGUGACGUUGGGGGAUGUACUCAAGGCAGCCCACUCGCCGGCUCACCUGUUUGGCCAAGGUGUUGCGCAGGCGAUCGAUAGGGAGUGGAAGCAAUAUCUGUGGAGGAGGAAGUCAGAGCCGGUGAAGUCGGCACGUGCUCACCGUUUCGGUUAA